UCCCCAUUGGCUAUACCUACAUCAUUUUUUGUUCUCCGGAGAAAAUAAAAGAAAACACGAACAAGAAAAACCCGAUAUUUGGAAAAUUUUCAACGCGAGCUUUCUCUCAGGAAAAAAUGAUGAGGCUGCAAACUUACGCGGGGCUUAGUUUGGUAGGAACCCUAGCGAUUAUUUACCAUGCAUUUAGCAGCAGAGGCCAGUUUUACCCCGCCAUGGUUUACCUAUCGACCUCCAAGAUCAGUCUGGUGCUUCUUCUCAACAUGGGCCUUGUCAUCAUGUGUAUUUUGUGGCAACUGACUAAGAAGCUAUUCCUCGGCUCACUCCGAGAGCCGGAGGUUGAGAGGCUUAAUGAGCAGUCGUGGAGGGAAGUCAUGGAGAUUCUUUUCGCAAUCACUAUUUUCCGGCAGGACUUUUCGGUGUCGUUUCUGGCUUUUGUCACUGCUCUGUUGCUGAUCAAGGCGUUGCAUUGGUUGGCGCAGAAGAGGGUUGAGUACAUUGAGACUACUCCGUCUGUUCCCACGCUGUCGCAUGUUCGGAUUGUCUCCUUUUUGGGCUUCUUGUUUGUUGUAGAUAGUCUCUUUUUGUAUACUUCUGUCAGCACCAUCAUUACGACUCAGAAGCCUUCGGUUUCCCUCUUUUUUGCAUUCGAGUAAGUGAUCCGUCCUUCUGCUCCAUUUUGCUGAUUCUUUUUGCUCACGCUUUGAAUAUAGUACG